UAAUUAUGAACAGUUUCCAGAUAAUGCAGGUGUGUCUCACGUACAGACGCAACUGUAUUGCACCCGUCUCUCUUAACACAAAACCAGGAAACUAGGGAAUAUAACAGUUCUGUGUCUCUGUUUAUAUUUGUGUUUACACACAGUAAAAUGGCAGAAUCCAGUGUUUCUUUGGCUCAGGAGGAGUUCAGCUGUUCAAUCUGUCUGAAUCUACUAAAGGAUCCAGUGACCAUUCCCUGUGGACACAGUUACUGUAUGAGCUGUAUUAGAGGCUACUGGGAUCAGGAUGAACAGAAGGGAGUCUACAGCUGUCCUCAGUGCAGACAGACCUUCACUCCAAGACCUGUUUUAGGUAAAAACACCAUGCUGGCUGAAGUGGUUGAGAAACUCAAGAAGACAAAAUUGCAAGCUGCUCCUCUGGCUCAAUGUUAUGCUGAACCUGGAGAUGUGGAGUGUGAUGUCUGUACUGGGAGAAAAUAUAAAGCAAUCAAGUCCUGUCUGGUGUGUCUGGAAUCUUACUGUCAACCCCAUUUUGAACGUCAUGAAGAAUUUCGCUCUGGCAAACUACACAAAGUGACAGAUGCCGUUGGAGAAUUAAAAGAGAUGAUCUGCCCUCAACAUGAUAAACUGCUGGAAAUUUUCUGUCGUACUGACCAAUGCUGUAUAUGUUAUAUGUGUAUGGUGGAUGAACACAAAAACCAUAACACUGUAUCAGCUGCAGCAGAGAAGACUGAGAAACAGAAACUCUUGGAAGAGACCCAGAAAAAAUUCCAGAAGAGAAUCCAGGAGAGAGAGAAGGAGCUUGAGGAGCUGAGAGAGACUGUAGAUACUUACAAGCGCUCUGCACAGACAGCAGUGGAGGACAGUGAGAGGAUCUUUACUGAGCUGAUCCGCUCCAUUGAGAGAAGCCGCUCUGAGGUGACACGGCUGAUCAGAGAUCAGGAAAAGACUGAAGUGAGUCGAGCUGAAGAACAACUGAAGCGACUGGAGCAGGAGAUUGAAGACCUGAGGAGGAGAGACAUUGAGCUGGAGCAGCUUUCACACACUGACAAUCACAUCCAUUUCCUCCAGAGUUUCCAGUCUCUCUCUGUUCCUCCUGGUUCUACAGACAAAAUCACUGUCAGUUCUCGCUUCUCUUUUGAUGUUGUUGGAAAAUCUGUGUCAGAUCUAAGAGAGAAACUGGAGCAUUUCUGCAGAGAGGAAAUAAAAAAGAUAUCUCCACCUGCUUCCUCAGUGAGACACAACCAGAGCAUUCCCACUCCAGAAUAUGAGAGCAGGAAGGAGUUCCUAAAAUCCAGAGGCUCUUUGAUAAUGUUGGAGUGUUUAUUGACGAUCUUUCUGGGCUUUAUCUCCGUGCUGCUGUUCUGCGCUUUCUGCGGACGCAGAAGGAAGGACGGUGAGCCCCCGCUGAUUAAAGGCUGGAUUCCAUUCCUGGGAAAAGCUUUAGAAUUCAGAAAGAACUCUCAGCAGUUCCUUACACAACUGCAGCAGGAGCAUGGAGAUGUUUUUACUGUACUUAUAGCAGGAAGGUACAUAACAUUCAUAAUGAACCCCCUCCAGUACCCGUCUGUGAUCAAACAUGGGAAACAGCUGGAUUUCCACACGUUUUCAGACAGCGCAGCAUCCAGGACAUUCGGUUACAAACCGGUCCGGAGUAGCCUUUUCCCUGGAAUGAGUGACCGCAUCCAGCGGAGUUACACUCUGCUGCAGGGGCCUGCCCUCGACCCGCUCACAUUCAGCAUGAUGGGAAACUUACAGCAGGUCAUGCGACGCCGUUUUCUGCCCAGUGAAGAAUCCGGGUCUGAUGGCGAUUGGCAAGAGGCGGAACUAUAUGAGUUCUGUAAAUGCGUAAUGUUUCAGACCACAUUUAACACACUAUAUGGACAUAAAUCAAAUCUGCGUCUGGAUCAGCUGCGAGUGGACUUUGAGAAGUUCGAUGCCAUUUUCCCUUUACUAAUGGCCCGUGUUCCCAUCGCCUUGCUGGGGAAAACCAAAGAAAUUCGUGAGAAGCUGACAAGAUUUUUCUAUCCUCAAAGAAUGGCAGAAUGGAGGGCUCCAUGCGAGUUCAUACAGACACGAAUGGCCCUGUUCCAGGAGUAUGACACGCUUCAGGACAGAGAUAAAGCAGCACAUCAUUUUGCCAUGCUGUGGGCAUCAGUGGGAAACACUAUCCCAGCAGCCUUCUGGUGUCUUUACCACCUAAUUUCCUGCCCGGAAGCCCUUGAAGCAGUGAGAGCAGAGAUUGUCAAUGUGGUUGGAGAGAAGAACAUGCAGUUGGUCUUUGAAGAAGACAUCACAAUUACACGACAGCAGCUAGAACAGAUGGUUUACCUGGAGAGUUCAAUAAAUGAGAGUUUACGUCUCUCCUCUGUAUCAAUGAACAUCCGUGUGGUUCAGGAAGAUUUCUGCUUGCGUCUGGAUGCCCAGCAUUCAGUCAACCUACGAAAAGAUGACAUUGUUGCUCUUUACCCACAAACCACACACCUUGACCCUGAAAUAUACGAUCAGCCUCAGCGCUUCCAAUUUGACCGUUUUGUGGAGGAUGGGAAAGAAAAAACAGAUUUUUAUAAAUGUGGUCAGAAGGUCCGGUACUAUCGCAUGCCUUUCGGCUCUGGAGCCACACAGUGUCCAGGGCGUUUUUUUGCGGUGAAUGAGCUGAAGCAGUUUGUGUGUGUGGCUUUGCUCAUGUGUGAAAUGCAGUUGCUGGGGAACCAACAGGAGGCGAUGCUAGACAACAGCCGUGCUGGUCUGGGCAUCAUGCCACCCGCUAAUCAAAUCACUUUCAGAUACAGAACCAGAAAACCAGGGGACAAUAUGAAGAGGGAGGAAUGAACUACAUGAAUAGAGAGAGACUGUUGUCUGUUCAGUACUUGGGUGUUUUCCUUUCAUUUUUUCACAGGGUGCAUGCAAAGAUUUUGUAAAUAAUGCAAGCUGCAGUAUACAUAAAUAAAACUGCCAUGGAAAAAUCUCAUCUUUGAAUGAACUGAACAUACAGUAUGCACUGCAGUUUGAAUCAGGGUUGAUGCAUUACAGUGAACAGCUUUCUAUGUAUUUGCUACUGUGACAAAAGGACAGCUUUUCAAACAUCUUACCUCUCAUACAUCAAUUUUAUCCUAUCACUGGGAGUAAAUAAUUACAAAAUCAUAAAAGUGGCAAAGGCUGGACAUGCCAGUCACGGGAUUUCAUGCACUGCAACCUGCAGCUCAUCUAGACUAAUCAUUUCUUGAUUCCAGCAUUGAAUAUUAAAAGGUAAAUGUUUCUGCUGUUUUGUUUGAAUUUGGUCAGGAUUAUUCAUAAUGUCAAAAAAUAUAUUGAAUAAAGAAAUUGCUUUUCAAACGUUUGGGAUCAGUAAGAUUUUUAGAUAUUUUUGAAGUGUCUAGGCUCACCAAGGCUACAUUUAUGUGAUUAAAAAUAUAGUAAAAACUAAUAUUGUGAAAAAUCAUUACAAUUUAAAAUAAGUGAUUUCUAUUUUAAAAUUUGUAUGUAAACUGGGAUCAACUGUGAUCUCAGGAUUCUUUGAUGAACAGAAAGCUCUAAAAAAUUACUUGAAGUUUAAAUCUUUUGUAACAAUGUAAGUCACUUUUGAACAAUUUAAUGCAUGCUUGCUUAAAGUAUUAAUUAAAAAAAAAAAAAUCUUACUGACCCCAAAACUUUUUUUAUAUCACUACUGGUCAGUAUUUCAUAUUUUAUCAGUCAAUAUCAGUCGAAAACUUAAUUAUGCAUACUCAAUUCAAUUUAAGUGAUCUUUGCUGUGAUAUCCUAUGAAAUUUCAUCUUUAAAAACACCUAACCAUUUAAUAACAUUGUAAAGUACAAUCUUUAGCAUAUCUUACCAAGAAUAUCCAUUUAUCCAAUACUAUUACAGUAUAUACUCUGCUGAUACACUCGUUGGCAAGUUCGAAUACAGUUUGGACACAGAAAUCAGACAAAGGCAUCAUGGGUCACUCAAUAUUUUACUGGAAUGUUGGAGAGACAGCAUGUGCAAAAUGAACAAAUGUAACUCACUUCGAUAGCUACUGUAAAACACUAACAAAAAUAAAACACCUCUACAUUCUUAA